AUGUCCAGGAUGACGACCAGGAACGGGGGAGUCCGCGUCACUGAUAAUGCUGCUGGUGUUCCUCUGGACAAGCUCAAGGAGGUGCCGGUGGUCGUUGAUCCUUCAGCCACUUCGGCUGUCAAAUGUACGGCAGACCUGUUCACGGAAGCAGACAAGGAAGCUCUCCAGCCUGCAGGAUCGUCACACGAAGUAAAGGAGGCGGCUCGUGACUUGAUCAGUGCUAGCCGUGAUGGCAAGCAAGUGACAGAGGACAAUGGUGCUAAGGCUGAUGCUGCCAGCGGUGUUUCUAAUGACACUCAGCAAGAGGAGAAGGAUGUGACGGCAAACAUUUCCGCAAAGGGUGCUGACGACGACGAGGACGACGGUUACCUCAGUGAUGAUCCAGAGGAACGCUACGACGCGCAGGCGAAGAGCGAAGUCGCGCAGAGGAUUCGUUUCGCUAUCGUCCUUCUGAUCCCGAUUGCCUUCAAGCCGGAGACCACGCGUGUGCAGGCGACGCUUUGUGCGCUCUUCAAUGGAUGGAAGAAAGACCUGCACAUGGAGAUACAAUCGACGACGAAGUUUCAGGAGCUGACGGCGGUGUUCCUGAACAAGAAACAGUACUGGAGGCUGCAGGUUACCUUUGAUCGGGCUCGUGACGCUAAUUUUGUCUGGAAGCACGGGAUUGUGCAUACCUGUGUUGACGGGAAGCGGAUUAACUUGGACUGGCAGCACCCGGUGGAUCCGGCCUACGUCAAGGCGCGUGCGGCUGAUCCGCUGCUGGUUGAGGUUCUGUUCAAGGGGGUGGAUGCGGUGAUUACACCCGAAAUGCUAUGUGAUAUGCUGGUGACGGUGAAGCUGGAAAAACGUGGCCGUUCGGCUUUCAAGGAAGGAAGCUGCUUCCACCGUGUGGUUAAUCCUGUUACAGGGAUGGACACCGACAAGGUCAAAGGGCUGGUUAAACAGCAUGCGGGGGACAAGUAUCGCUGGCGUCAUAUGAUUGAAGACCCAACCUCUCAUGAUAAGCAGCUGCUCGUGCACUACCCGUCGCUGAACUCCGCCUCAGUCAGGAUCACAGAUCUGACCAGGCUCAUUCUGAAGGUCCCUGCCGUCGUGUUGAUCCCAACCGGGGGGAAUCGCGAGGAGUGGAUCUGCGUCCAGGAGAACUGCGAGAAGGCGAAUGGGGUGUCGUUCGCGCAAGCUGCGGAACAUGUGAUUUCUCAGCGGCACAGCGAUGGCCUGGCGUCAGGCUUGGCUACACGUCUUUCCAAGGCAGGGGUCAACCUGAACGCGGCGAAGAAGGAGUUCGGAGUGUGA